CCUCCUCCUCCGCCCCCCUUCCCACGCCAUGGCGUGUCUCAAUAACCGUCUGUCAUACGCCACCUGGCGUCUGAAGGUAUUCCACCAGCUCUUCCGCCCUAAUGGCGUGCACCCGGCUGCAUACCGCACCUUUUCCACCUCCUCCGAUGGAUCACCAACCCCUACCCCCGACGAGCCAUCAACCUCCACCUCCACCCCCUCGGACGCGCAAGAACCCGCCCAGAAACAAGAACAAGAAGAAGAAGCAGUGGAAAAUGAGUCCUCUUUUCGCCCCUCCGAGCUUCUCCCUCAAUCCCCCCUAAUCACGAACCCCCGCCCCGGCCACGACAAGCUCCACCGAAGAAAACGUCGCCCCGACUACACCGAAACCGACAUCCACCUAAACCCCUGGGCGCAGGCCCUCGCAUCACCACUUCGCGCAUGCAAAUUGACCGGCGAGCGUAUGCCGCGUGCCCUCCUCACGGAAUGGGGAUGUCUACAACGACCCGACGCCCCAGAGAAGCUCUGGCUUCUCCCCACGGGCCUAUUCGACGACAAGCUCCAAGCGAGCGCCUCGUCUUCGCCACUCGAGUACGAACAAGAAAACCAAUCAGUCCCGCGCGAUCACCGUCUCCGUCUCCUCAGUCUCCGGAUGGUCGACCGACUCCCCCUCCUCCGCACAGUCACCGACACAUACUGGAGCAUGAAGCACGGACGGAAGCGUCAGCCGCUCGCGAAACUCAUCCCGCAUCGGUGGAAGCAGCCAUUGGGGCCGAUGACGGCGCGCGACGAGGACAGACUCUUGUGGCGGGAGGAUAUGCCGGAAUUUACGUUGCGGAUGAUGCGUCAGGAUGUGUUAAAGUGGUUGAAAAUUGCGACGGAUGAGUCGGCGAAGUGGGCCGAGACGAGGAAGGUGUGGACGGAGAUUCCGAUGAGGCGGUAUGGCCGGGGGUUUCUGGCGCGACGGACGUUCGGCAUGGAGCCGUUUCAUCGGGUGGAGUGUAGUGCCGUGCUGGUGUUGAAUCGGAAGAAAGCCAAGCCCGGGAAAUAUACGGGCUUGUAUCCUAGGAUGCCGAAUGAGGUGUAUGUCUCCACGGAAAGGAGGCUGGCCCCCGUGUUCGAUCUGACGGUCAUGCUCUCCGAGGCAGAGCUGCAGGAGCUGAGGGAGUACCAUCCACGGUUCGAGAAUACGGCGUUGCUGUUUCGGCCGGAUAAUCAGGCGACGGUGGAUGCGAUGCUGGCUUUGUGGAAGCUUCGGGGCUUCAUUCGGGAUGAUCCUGUGCUGGAGCCGGCGCCGAUGGCUUUCAAACUGAAGAGCAUAUGGAGGACGAACUAUCUCAUGUGAGCCGUCAUUGUAUAUGUAUACUAAGCAGUAUGUAUGUGUUCUAUGGUAUCUCGAACAAACUACCUACAUGUAAUGAUAUCUAUCAGACCUCCCUUUCAUACCACCCACAUAUUCUCCACCCUCAACAGAAUAAGUCCACCUCACUCACACUCCAACAAAUCCGCCAACUUAUCCAAAUAAACCGACGGUCUGACCUCCCCCCCAACAAACUCCUCCUUACUACUAACGCCCGUCAAAACGCCCAACGUCCCCCCAAGCCUCCCCUCAAUCCCAAACCGAAUAUCCGUAUUGACCCGAUCCCCCACC